UCUCUUGCUACUUCUUCGUAUCCCGAGCAGUGCCUGCGUGGAGCUUCCACGCUGCGACUCCAAGGACCUUCCUCCUUGAGCCUGCAGGACCUGCUGUGAUAGCGAGCAGCCGUCUCCUGACUCUUCCUCCUGAGGAUCUAGAAGCAGAAGGCAGCUCUACUCCCCUGCAAAGGAGCUGGGCAUUGCAGCCAUGAAGUACAUGUUGAACCUCUAUCUGCUGGGGGUCGUAUUGACCCUGCUGUCCAUCUUUGUUAGACUGAUGGAGUCAGUCGAGGGCUUACUGGAGAGCCCAGUGCCUGGGAGCCCCUGGGUCGCCAGAGGUCAGCUAGCCAACACGGAGCCUCCCAAAGGCCUUCCAGACCAUCCGUCUGGAGGAGUACAAUAAAACCAAGCUGCAGCCGGACUUUGGCACACCAAUUUCAGCAUGUCCAACCAAGUGUUCCAUUUCUGAAGCGGCAGCGUCGGUGUCUCCAAAGAACUGUUACUGGGCUUGGAAGGGCCUUUUUUGGAUGUUGCUUACCCUGGAAAGGGGCCUAUUUAAUGUAGGAGUGUGAGUGGGUUGUCCGUCCCGCUAUGGGAUGGAAUCUCACUCUCCCGUCGUUUGACGUAGGCUUUGCUGUCCUCUGCAGUGUGGCUCUCAGAUGAGGGUGUACCGGCUUCAGCUGUUGGGAGAGUCAGGUUCUUUCAGCCCUCUGUCCUGAAGGACUCUUUUGGACCUAGGUAUCUUCUGGUUGGUUUGAUACUGAGUCUCUUCCAUGAGAGCUGUUUGGGCAGCAGUUAAGGGAUUAUGGGCUGGCUAUAAAGUGAGAGAGGUUGGAAUAUCCAGCAUCCAGGUCUCAGUUGUACAUUAAGUUCUUCCUCCAAUGUAGUCCGCAUGCGUUGUAAAUAAUGUCUAAAGAGGGCUGUGGGGUGAUCAGACCCGCUCAGGGUGUGGGAGAGCCAGCCACUGUGUGGCUUAAAUGAAUUUUUCUAAUGUAAUAAAUGUGACUAUAUAUGUUUCCACUA